AUGUAUCUUCUUGGAAUCGCUGACCUGAUGGCAACUACACACACUGAUGUUACCGAACGCCUCUCUGCAGCCAUUGACGUCGGUGUUGCACAAAGGCAUGCAGAGAAACAAACUAACCUGUCAGCCACGGGACAAGCCAGUGUCGACUCUAGCUCUCCCGACAAUACUCAGGCAAAAUCGUUAACUAGUUCUGCAUACAGUAAGCAGUAA